AUGAAUCCGAUGGCGCAGCUCUACUACAAGAAGGUGAACUACUCGCCGUACCGCGACCGCAUCCCGCUGCAGAUCGUGCGGGCGGAGGCGGAGCUCUCGGCCGAGGAGAAGGCCUACCUGACGGCGGUGGAGAAGGGCGACUACGCCGGCGUCAAGCACGCCCUGCAGGAGGCGGAGAUCUACUACAACAUCAAUGUGAACUGCAUGGACCCGCUGGGCCGCAGCGCCCUCCUCAUCGCCAUCGAGAACGAGAACCUGGAGGUGAUGGAGCUCCUGCUCAACCACGGCGUCUACGUGGGCGACGCCCUCCUCUACGCCAUACGCAAGGAGGUGGUGGGCGCCGUCGAGCUGCUGCUCUCUCACCGCCGCCCCAGCGGAGAGAAGCAGGUUCCCUCUCUCAUGAUGGACAGCCAGUUCUCCGAGUUCACCCCUGACAUCACUCCCAUCAUGCUCGCCGCUCACACCAACAACUAUGAGAUCAUCAAGCUGCUGGUGCAGCGCAAGGUGACCAUCCCGCGGCCGCACCAGAUCCGCUGCGACUGCGUGGAGUGUGUGUCCAGCUCGGAGGUGGACAGCCUGCGCCACUCUCGCUCCCGCCUCAACAUCUACAAGACGCUGGCCAGCCCCUCCCUCAUCGCGCUGUCCAGCGAGGACCCCAUCCUCACCUCCUUCCGGCUGGGCUGGGAGCUGAAGGAGCUCAGCAAGGUGGAGAACGAGUUCAAGCAGGAGUACGAGGAGCUGUCGCAGCAGUGCAAGCGCUUCGCCAAGGACCUGCUGGACCAGGCGCGCAGCUCCCGCGAGCUGGAGAUCAUCCUCAAUCACCGCGACGACCAGAGCGAAGAGCUGGACCCGCGCGACUGCCACGACCUCGCCAAGCUCAAACUGGCCAUCAAGUACCACCAGAAGGAGUUUGUUGCCCAGCCAAACUGCCAGCAGCUGCUGGCCACACUGUGGUAUGAUGGGUUCCCUGGCUGGCGAAGGCGGCACUGGGUGGUGAAGCUGGUGACAUGCUUCAUCAUCGGCUUGCUGUUCCCUGUCUUUUCACUGGUCUACCUGCUGGCACCCAAGAGUCCCCUUGGCCUUUUCGUCAAAAAGCCCUUCAUCAAGUUCAUCUGCCACACCGCCUCCUACCUGACCUUCCUCUUCCUCCUGCUGCUGGCCUCCCAGCACAUUGUGCGCACCAACUUGCAUAUGCAGGGCCCCCCUCCCACUGUGGUGGAGUGGAUGAUCCUACCCUGGGUGCUGGGCUUCAUCUGGGCGGAGAUUAAGGAGAUGUGGGAUGGAGGUUUCACGGAGUAUGUGCAUGACUGGUGGAACUUGAUGGACUUUGCCAUGAACUCACUGUACCUAGCCACCAUCUCGCUCAAAAUUGUGGCAUAUCUCAAGUACAACAGCUCACGGCCACGGGAAGAGUGGGAGAUGUGGCACCCCACGCUGAUCGCCGAGGCUCUGUUCGCCAUCGCCAACAUCUUCAGCUCCCUGCGGCUCAUCUCCCUCUUCACCGCCAACUCGCACCUGGGGCCUCUGCAGAUCUCGCUGGGCCGCAUGCUACUGGACAUCCUCAAGUUCCUCUUCAUCUACUGCCUGGUGCUGCUGGCCUUCGCCAACGGCCUCAACCAGCUCUACUUCUACUACGAGACGCAGGCCGCCGACGAGCCCAACCACUGCAAAGGCAUCCGCUGCGAGAGGCAGAACAACGCCUUUUCCACGUUGUUCGAGACCCUGCAGUCUCUGUUCUGGUCCGUGUUUGGCUUGCUCAACCUGUACGUGACCAACGUGAAGGCACGGCACGAGUUCACCGAGUUUGUCGGGGCCACCAUGUUCGGGACCUACAACGUCAUCUCCCUGGUCGUCUUGCUCAACAUGCUCAUCGCAAUGAUGAACAACUCCUACCAGCUCAUCGCCGACCACGCUGACAUAGAGUGGAAGUUUGCUCGCACCAAGCUGUGGAUGAGCUAUUUCGACGAGGGGGGCACGCUUCCUCCCCCCUUCAACAUUGUGCCGAGCCCCAAGUCUGUGUGGUACCUGUGCAUCUGGAUGCACAACCGACUGUGCCGAAUGGGGAGCCCCAGAGCCGAGGAGCAGAGGAAGCACGAGAACUUCAAGGAGUUCACGGAACGGCAUGCUGAUAACCUGAUCCAGAACCAGCACUAUCAGGAGGUGAUCAGGAAUCUGGUUAAGCGGUACGUGGCGGCCAUGAUCCGAAGCGCUAAAACGGACGAGGGGCUGACAGAGGAGAACUUUAAGGAGCUGAAGCAGGACAUUUCCAGCUUCCGGUACGAGGUCCUGGACCUGCUGGGCAACAGAAAGCCGCCGCGGCGCACGUACUCCUCCAGCAGCGAGGCCACGCUCAAGGACGAGCCCAACGAGGACGAGGAGUCCGGGGCGGGGCGCGGCCCGGCGGGGGACGACAAGCCCAAAAACGUUUCCUUCAGCCUGUCGGCGGCCGAGAGGAAGAGCCGCGAGGCCUUCAGCGUCUCGGCCCUCUUCAAGUCCAUGUCGGGGAUGGAGGCCCCCGCCGAGGACAAACCAAAGAGCAACGGCCUCAAGCCCUCCUCCGCCUCCUCCACCGCCUCCUCCUCCUCGUCCUCCUUCCUCCGCAACGGCAGCCGGCUGCAGCGGCUCUCCAGCUCAAAGAAGGACUCCCUGAAGCGGCUGGGCCUGCUGUUCUCGCGCAUGAACGGGCACCUGUCGGAGCCGCAGGCCCCGCCCACCACGCUCGCCACCCUCGCCGCGCCCGCCGCCCCCGCGUUCAGCAUCUCCGACGGCCUGCUGCCGCCCCAGGGCAUGUGGCAGGAACUCAGGUUCCCCGACGACCAGCGGGUGACGCGCAGCGAGAUGCACCUGAACCAGCUGGGCGUGGGCGUCGUGGGCGUGGGCGUGGCCGAGGGCGAGCAGCUCCAGCCCCCGUCCCGAGCCAACGGGCGGGACAGCCUGCUCCUGCGGUCCCCCACCUGCGCCCCCCCGCCCCUGCACUGUGCUUCCAGCUUCACCGCUUCCAGCUCCCGGCUGCUGGACUCCAGCGAGGACGUGUUUGACGGCUGGGUGGGGCCCUGCGAUGGGAUAGACUCCACCCCCUGGGGGUCGGACCAGGAGGAGUCGGUCACCACGCAGCUAUAGAGACAGGGGCGUGGCCACCGAGAGCGCAGCACUGUUAUUGGAUGCAGAGAAAGCAAGAUGAAGAUGACCUAUAUUUAUAGCAUCAGCUCUUCAUGCGGCUCCAGGGCUCCUUUACUUCAACAUAUUAGCUUAUAGGUGAAAAAAACUCUAAAUUAAAAGCUUAAUUUAUUGCAAUAGUAGUACAUAUUAACAUAGAUUCCCCCCUCCCACCACCCCAUGUAUGAGACUGUAUUCCCUGCCUGUGACUUCAGUAACACCCCCUCCCUCCCCAGAAGUGAUUCCCUUCAGAAUAUAAGAUCCUAUUUUAACCCUUUUUGUCUAGCCUCAGGCCUUCUUGUCCAUCUGUCUGUCUGUCUGUGCUGAACAGCUAUGGGGCAGGAGGCCGCAGGUGUCCAGCUGCACAGGUACCUGUACCUGAAUGUUUCUGACCAGCCCAGCAAGGAACACCUCAGCAGGGAGGGGCCCCUGCAUGGGCCUGCUGAGGCCACGCCCCCCUCUGUCACAAGUGAUCUGAUUGGCUGUUGUCUGAAUUAAGGGCGGGGCCAGAGAAAGUACAGCGAGACAUUGUGGAAACGGUUGCGUUCAGAUCGCUAAAUCCUCCAUCUUGGCUAGCUGAUGUCAGCUCGCUAAUAUUUUUUGUUUUGUUCUGGAUCUGGUUGCAUCUGUACUCUAGGGUCAGCUCAGAGCGUCUCUGCACUCGUCUGCAGUGGUAGCAGGGCCAGCUAGUUAGUGGUCAGCAACUGGUGGGUGGAGCCAAUGGCCACCGCACCUCUCACAUCCUGUGGUCUGUCCAAUCACGGAACAGACUUGACUGCAGUUGGUGGUGGUCAGAGGAAGAUGCGUUUCAGAGAUUGUGGGUUCAGCAUUUUCCUAAUUAACGAUUAAUGUGUUUCUCAACCUCAUCACUGUGGUUGUCCUUUCUGGAUGAACAACCUUAAACCAACAGCAAUCUCAGCAAUCUUUCCUCAGUUCACUUGGAGAGAAAGAGGCUACCACAGCAUAGUCCACAUUUUAAGUUGUUCAGCAGUUUCUGAUGCGUUUGGAAGUUUUGAUUAUAAUUAUUAUUGUUAUCACUUCAUCUACACUGGUUAAGAUGGAUUUGAAGGUUUGGGGGGGGGAGAUUACAUUUGUGUGUUCGUCUAAGGAAAUCUUAUUUUUCUAAAAUUUAUCAGGCUGCACUAUUAAGCUCAUUUCAUUUCAUUACAGCACCAGGUUCAGCAGAACAUUGGCAGAUUAAACAUUUUUCUUCUUUUUGAAGGUAAAAGGUGUUGGAGUGCCAAUUUUUAAAAAAUCCUAUUUGUUUUGAUCAAUGUGACCAGCAUCUAUGUACAAAAACAACAUGCAGCAAUGAGGCACAAGGCUUCAGCAGAACAUUUCUUAAAAGCGAAACCAAACAAGCCGAUUUUACACCAGUUGCAUUUUUUUAUUUGAUAAUGAAAUAGCACUGUUGACGAAUAAAAAAAACAAAGGUUUGACUGAAA